CGUCCUCUCGGCAAGCAAACUGCGGAAAACGCAACGAACCCGUCCUCGGAACAGGUGACAAUAGAUACUGUAGCAGAUGAAGGACGAAGGGAACCUGAUCUAGGUGGCGGACCAAAAAAUAAAGGCGCUAAUGGCAAUCAUGGACACAAUAAUCAGAAUCAAACAACUGCCACUGAUGCUGCUCCUUUGAUGUCCACUUUUAAGGCCGCCCUCGACUUCUCACAAAUUCUUCCGGGAACCAAGUUUUCCGCCUCGCCUCAAGAGAACUGGUCGAAACAGCAGGGGAAAGAUGGUAGAAGCAACAUGACCCCCUUGACGCCCGGGACCACCAGGCCAGUGAAGGUUACGGAAUUGUUUCGAAAAACCGCGAUUGAGUUUUCAACCACCUGGCUGAAAGACCGGAAGAGGCAGGAAGUGGAUGAAGCCGAGCCGACGUACUUCAGGAGAAAGAGGUUGUUUUUUGCCGCCGUGAAGAGUGUGAAGUCGGGUAGAACUGGUGGAGGUAGCAUGGAUACGUCAUGAAGAAUUUUAUGACGAUCAUCAAGAUAGAGGUAAGAACGUUGGCG